CGUCCCGGCGGCACCGGGCAGCGCCGCGGGGGCGUCCGCGCCGCCGCUCCCGCCUCGGCCCCACGGCUCGGCCCCGCCGCCGCCGCCAUGAGCGGCCCCUAUCCGGAGGAGAGCUGCGCCGAGCGCCCCGAGUGCAAAAGUAAAUCGCCAACUUUGCUGUCCUCCUACUGCAUCGACAGCAUCCUGGGCCGGCGGAGCCCCUGCAAGGUGCGGCUGCUCGGCACCGCGCCCGCCCUGCCCGCCAUCGCCGCUCGCCCCGACACCGACAAGGCCGCGCAAGGGUCCCCUAAGGGCAGCCCCCCUUUCGAGCCGGCCGAGCUGCACCUUCCCCCCAAACUGCGCCGACUCUACGGGCCAGGCGGGGGCCGGCUGCUGCCGCCGCGGGCAGCGGGGCCGCGGGGGGACCGGCCCGAGGGGCGACCGGAGGGGGGCGCCGGCCCCGUGCCCGCCGCCGCCCCGUGGGACACGCUGAAGAUCAGCCAGGCGCCCCAGGUCAGCAUCAGCCGCAGCAAGAGCUACCGCGAAAACGCGCCCUUCGUGGCGCCGCCGCCCGCCCGGGACGAGCUGGGCAGCCCCGCUGCGCACGUCGAGGAGCGGCCGGGCCCUGCCGCGCCGGCCGCCGAGGAGGAAGAGGAGGAGGAGGACGAAGAGAUGCUGGAAGAGGAGGAGGACGAGGAGGAAGAGGAGCUGGAAGACGACGAGGAGGAGGAGCUGCUGGGCGAGGACGGCGGGGGGCUGCUGAAGGAUGCCCGCCGGGGCGCGGCCGCAGCCCCCGGGGCGGAGGGCGGGGAUCUGUCCCCCAAGGAGGAGCUGCUGCUGCACCCCGAGGACGGCGAGGGCAAAGACGGCGAGGAGAGCGUCUGCCUCUCGGCCGGCAGCGACUCCGAGGAGGGGCUGCUCAAGAGGAAGCAGCGCCGCUACCGCACCACCUUCACUAGCUACCAGCUGGAGGAGCUGGAGAGGGCCUUCCAGAAAACCCACUACCCCGAUGUCUUCACCAGGGAGGAGCUGGCCAUGAGGCUCGAUCUGACCGAAGCCCGAGUGCAGGUAUGGUUCCAGAACCGUAGGGCUAAGUGGCGGAAGAGGGAAAAGGCUGGGGCUCAGACACACCCCCCAGGUUUGCCUUUCCCUGGUCCCCUGUCAGCAACUCACCCCCUCAGUCCAUACCUUGAUGCUAGUCCUUUCCCUCCUCAUCACCCAGCUCUAGACUCCGCCUGGACCGCCGCCGCCGCCGCGGCCGCCGCCUUUCCCAGCCUGCCGCCGCCGCCCCCCGGCUCCGCGGCGCUGCCCCCCGGCGGGACCCCGCUCGGCCUCGGCACCUUCCUGGGCGCGGCCGUGUUCCGCCACCCUGCCUUCAUCAGCCCCGCCUUCGGCAGGCUCUUUUCCACCAUGUCCCCCCUGGGCAGCGCCUCCAGCGCCGCGGCCCUGCUGCGGCAGCCGGCGCCGGCCGCCGAGGGUGCGGUGGGUUCGGCGGGGCUGGGGGACCCGGCCAGCGCCGCCGCCGACCGGCGGGCAUCCAGCAUCGCCGCCCUGCGGCUGAAGGCCAAGGAACACGCCGCCCAGCUCACCCAGCUCAACAUCCUCCCCGGCAACAGCACGGGGAAAGAGGUGUGCUAAGGCAUGGCCGCCGUCCGCGGGGUUCGGGUUAGGUUUGGGGUUUUUUUUAGAGGGGGAGAGGGGAAAAAAAAGAGAGAGGGGGAGAAAAGAGGAGAGUAAAUACGCGAAUCAAUAAAGGUCACCUCAGACAGCACGAAUCAAGACCAAACGGGAGGAAAAAAUAGUAACGAUUUUUUAAAAAAGAGGACCAGCAGCUGAGACUGUGGUGGGUUCUCGGUUUAGGAACUUGGAGACAGCGAGCGCCUCUCGCAUCACACGAGUGAACCGACACUUGCAAGCUCCUGAAUAAUUAACUCCUUGGCUGGUACAUUUCUUAAAUGUACGACGUGUCCAUUUCCUCUCUGAACACUAAGGGGGGGGGAAAGUAAAAAAAAAAAAAAAAAAAACCA